AUGACUGACGAAAAUACUGCUGUAGUUGUAACACCACCAAAGAAAAACCCUUGUGGAAAAGUAAGUAAAUAAUUAAAAAUUCGAUUUUUUUACAUUUUAUUAAUUUAUUCAAAUUUGUUUUAGAUCGUAUCUAUCGGCCAGAAACAAACGACAAUAAACUUAUACAAGACAAAGUUUGUUUAAAUUCCAGGAGAUACGAUGCAAAAAUACAGGCAAAUUAUAUCCAAAAACUGGGAAUAGGUGAGAAGACAGUUUCGAAAACUAUUGUCGAAUAUAAUAAUAAUAAAACAGUAAUUUCACCAUGUAAAAAAAGACGUCUUAGGACAAUGUGGUAGGAUGCAGCCACUGUUAUAGGUAUUUUAAUGUAUAUCUAUAAGAAACAAUUGCUAACGAAAAAACGAAUCUGAGCGCAGUUCAAUUAAUAGUGAUGCUUUGCCAACAAUAUAUAUGUCAUAUUAUGGUAAAAUAAUUAAAUAGGCAUUAUAUAUUUUCUUAAACGUCUGAUUGUUCUCUAAAUUGGGUCUGUAGACGGCUUCCUGCCAGGUGGUUUACUAUGUUUUGAAUCGAAAAAAAAUCUACCGAUUAUUACGAUGACAUGAACGGAGAUACAUUUUAUGAUUGAAUGGAAAGUACUCGUAUUUUACCACGUUUAAAAGAAAAUUAAUGUAUUAUUGUUAUGGACAAUUACUACUCUAUUAAAGUCAACAAAAUACCUACGUCUGCGACAAAGAAGACUGAUAUUAUUCAUUGGCUUGAAGGUAAAGGCCAAGCAAUUGACAAACUCAUGGUUAUACCAUAACUUUUGGCUAUAUUUAACCAAAUAAAACCAUUUCAUGAUAAAUACAAAAUUGACGAGCUUGCAAAAGAACAUGGGCGCAUAUUUCUCAGACUACCUCCACACAAUUGUGAACUUAACCCCGUUGAGCUGGCGUAAUGUGUGACAAAUUUCAUAUGCCACAUAAAAGAGAAGAAAACAAAUUUCGGAAAAUUAAUUUCAUUGUUGAUGAGAUGGUCACCGCGGAAAUUCAGUAAAUAAUUUUAUAACUAAUAAUAAAUAUGGGUAAAUUAAUAACUCUAUAAACCGCACGCGUUUUAAAAUUUUCAUAUACAAAUAUUACACAUUCUAUAAUGAUGUAUAAUUUAUUAUUUAUUUACUUAUGUAUUAAAAAAAAAAUAUUUAGGUACAAUUUAUUCAUUGAAAAAUUUAGAAUAUGAAACCACUAAAACAUUAAAAACGACAUGCAUAUCAAAUUACGUUAACACGCGUUUCUGUCGAUAACAACUGUGCUCGAAAAAAAAAUUAAUAUGGGUUUGACCGUUUAUCAUUAAUUUAUUGUAAGUUUAAAUGAAAUAUCUAACUAACGAACAAUGGUUCGAGCAUAUUAACCUACAAUAAGAUAUAAGCAUUUAUAUUUAACAGAUUAUUUUAAAAUUAUAAAUACAACGUGUGUCUAUAUAUAAGACAUUAAUUUAUAUGUGCGGUAUUCGGCUAUACUAGCGGUUUCCAUGAAUAGUUGAUUGCCAUAAUUCACCGAUAUGUAUACUGAGUAAAAUCCGGAUAGGAAAAUUUUAUACAAUUAUCUAAUUUUAGAAUUUUAGAUAAUACGAAACGACGAUAAAUCGAAACGACCCUGACGACUCUGUCCGUUGUUUAUUAUGUUAUAGAACAUGCAUUAUCUUGUUUACCACAUUUCACCAUUUAAUUUAGAUUUGAUAAUCAAAUUACUUUAUUCUUUAUUCUUUUAUCAGUUAGUUGUGCGUAUUUACGAAAGACCCAGUGUAUUUUUACUGAAAUGGAACAGUGGUUUAAAACAGACUCCAUAAGACCUGAAAAUCGUCAGCCAACAACUAUUGCCGAGUCGAAGAAAAACAACAAUGGUUGUUGUAAAAUUAAUUCCUUAGAAUUACAUUCGGAAAAUGUUGUACAUGGUUCUAUUUUAGAAUCUACGAUACCUGAUGUAGAUAUUCGGAAAGGAAGCAAAAAACGAAAAUAUUGCGUUUCAUAUUUAGAUAUGGGAUUUACUGAAUUUGCUGAUGGACGUCCUCAGUGUGUGAUAUGUAACAAAGUUUUACCUAAUAGCUCAAUGUUCCCUGCUAAGCUUUAA